UACACACACCCAAACCCACACACACACCAUGGGGCACCCAGAGUUGGUGGUCGUCAGCCUGAUCUGUUGCCUAGCAGCUGCUAGUGCAGCGACGUUGGGAGUCGUCUACACGGAGGGGGGCUUUGUCGAAGGUGUCAAUAAGAAGCUGAGUCUCUUUGGUGGUGACUCAGUGGAUAUUUUCAGGGGCAUCCCCUAUGCUGCUCCCCCCAAAGUCCUGGAGAUUGCUGAGCGCCAUCCUGGCUGGGAAGGAACCCUGAAGACCACAGACUUCCAGAAACGAUGUCUUCAAGCCACCCUCACUCAGGAGAACACCUAUGGCAGUGAGGACUGCCUCUACCUCAACAUUUGGAUCCCACAGGGAAGGAAGGAAGUUUCUAGCAACCUGCCAGUCAUGAUCUGGAUCUAUGGUGGGGCCUUCCUGAUGGGGGCAGGCCACGGUGCCAACUUUCUGAACAAUUACCUCUAUGAUGGGGAGAAGAUUGCCACCCGAGGAAAUGUCAUUGUGGUCACUUUCAACUACCGCGUUGGGCCUCUGGGCUUCCUCAGCACUGGAGACUCUAACCUGCCAGGUAACUUUGGUCUUUGGGAUCAACACAUGGCUAUUGCAUGGGUGAAGAGAAACAUCGCAGCCUUUGGUGGGGACCCCGACAACAUCACCAUCUUUGGGGAGUCAGCUGGUGGGGCCAGUGUCUCCCUCCAGACUCUAAGCCCCCAUAGCAAGGGACUCUUCAAGCGAGCCAUCAGUCAGAGUGGUGUGGCCUUGAGUCCUUGGGUCAUCCAGAAAGACCCCCUCUUCUGGGCCAAAUCGAUUGCCAGCAAGGUGGGAUGCCCAUUGGAUGAUACUGCCAGGAUGGCCAACUGUUUCAAGAUUACUGAUCCCCGAGCUCUGACUUUGGCCUAUAAGUUGCCUCUGAGGGGCAUGGAAUACCCUGUGAUGCUUUAUCUGGGCUUUACACCAGUCGUUGAUGGAGACUUCAUUCCUGAUGAUCCAAUCAACCUCUUUGCCAACGCAGCUGACAUUGACUACAUCGCUGGCACCAACGACAUGGAUGGCCACUUGUUUGCCACUGUGGAUAUGCCUGCUAUUGACAAGAGCUACAAGAGCAUCACAGAUGAAGAUUUUUACAAGCUGGUCUCUGGACUCACCAUGACAAAAGGUCUUCCUGGUGCCAAUGCCACCUAUGAGUUCUACACACAACAGUGGAGCCGAGACUCAUCCCAAGAGACCAUGAAAAAGACUGUGGUGGAAUUUGAGACUGAUGUCCUCUUUCUGGUGUCCACAGAGAUUGCCUUGGCCCAGCACAGCGCCAAUGCCAAGAGCGGCAAAACUUACAGAUACCUGUUCUCCCAUCCUUCUCGAAUGCCUAUUUACCCUGACUGGAUGGGGGCUGACCAUGCUGACGACCUCCAGUAUGUCUUUGGCAAGCCCUUUGUCACACCCUUGGGUUAUCGGGCCCAGGACCGGACUGUCUCUAGUAGCAUGAUUGCCUACUGGACUAACUUUGCCAAAACUGGGGACCCAAACACAGGCAAUUCUGAAGUCCCUACCCAUUGGGAUCCUUACACUGCAGAGAAUGGCAACUACCUGGACAUCACCAAGGAUAUAAAUGCCAACUCGAUGAAACAGCACCUGAGAACCAACUUCCUGCAAUUCUGGACCCUCACUUAUCAGGCCCUCCCCACAGUGACCGGUGAAGACAAAGUUCCCGAAGAUGAAGUUCCUGAGGACAAUGUUCCUGUAUAUAUGGCAGCUGACUCUUGAGGUGACUGCUCCAUUUCCCACGGUGGCUGACUUCAUGUAACCCCCAACUGGUUCUGUGCCCACUCACCAGGAAGUCAAGUGCCCAUGAGGGCCAGGAUCCAGCAGUGCCUAUGUGGCUCUCUGCCCCUUCCCCCUCACUCCCUUAA